AUGUCAAUAGAGCAGGGCACUAAAAGGAGAAAACUCUCCAGCGGGAGUUACGAGGCUGUCUCGACAGGGACCAAGUCGGCCACGCAGCAACCACAGGCGGGCCACGAUGCCAAAGACAAAGACCACCGCCGGUCACUUUUUGUCCGCUCCCUGCCCGCCUCCGUGACGACGGAACGACUGACGGAAUACUUUUCGGAAUCCUUCCCCAUCAAGCAUGCCACCGUGGUCGUCGACCCGCAGACCAAAGUCUCGCGAGGAUUUGGCUUUGUGACGUUCGUCGACGCCGAAGAUGCCCAAGCGGCCGUGGCGCAGUUCAACAACUCUACGCUCGACGGGCGGAAGAUCAAGGUGGAGAUUGCUGAGUCCCGGCACAGAGAUGCAGAAGACGGAGGCAGAGGCAAGAGCGGGACAAACACGACCGCCCAAAAACUUAGGGAGCAGAGAGAAAAGAGCAAAGCAGAAAUACAGCCACCCAGACUGAUCGUCAGGAAUCUGCCGUGGAGCAUCAAGACUUCGGACGACCUCGCCCUGCUGUUUCGCAGUUAUGGCAAGGUCAAGCAUGCCGUCGUGCCGAAGAAAGGGCCGAGAGUGCAGUACGGGUUUGGCAUCGUCGUGCUUCGCGGCAAGAAGAAUGCGGAGAAGGCAAUUGCAGGUGUGAAUGGAAAGGUGGUGGACGGACGCACCCUCGCGGUCGACUGGGCGGUGGACAAGCAGACCUGGGAAGAGCAGCAGCAUGCUGCAGACGAUGCAGCCGCUGUAGCAGAGAAUAACAAGACGGAAGGAUCCACCAAACUCGGCACUGAAAAGAACGGCAUUAAGAACUCGGAGGCUGAUUCACAGGACGACCUACAGGCUACUGAAGACGUCGAAGACGAUACCAGCUCUAGCGAGCUGUCCGACGACGAUGAAAUGGACAAGCUGAACGGUCUAGAUGGCCUGUCCGAAGGAGAGUCGGACCUGGAGGAGCCAAGUCAAGCCGACCAAGACCGGGCUGCGAAGAACGAUACCACUGUGUUCAUCAGAAACCUGCCAUUCACGGCAGAUGACGAAAUCCUGAAAGAACAUUUCACCCAAUUCGGACCGAUCCGAUACGCCCGCGUGGUUUACGACCCAGAGACGGAGCGGUCCAGAGGAACUGCCUUUGUAUGCUUCUUCAACCAGGAAGACGCUAAGAACUGCGUCAAGAAUGCGCCCAAGCAUGAAGCCCCGGCUGACAACGCCGACGGCAACAAGAAACGGAAAGGCGAGACGCUCAAACAUUCGAUUCUGCAGAACGAGGCUGCGGAUCAAUCCGGGCAAUACACGAUGGAGGGCCGUGUCCUGCAGGUCUCGAGAGCUCUGAGCAGGCAGGAUGCGGAGCAAAAAGCCAGUGAAGCCAGCGAGAAGAGGGAUAUCCGCGACAGAGACAAACGGCGGCUGUACUUGCUUUCCGAGGGCUCCAUCUCCAAGUCAUCGAAACUGUACGAGCAGCUCGGAAAGGCGGAGAUUGACGUCCGCGAGACCAGCGCUCGACAACGGCAACGCUUGAUCAAGACUAAUCCCAAUCUCUGUCUGAGUCUGACUCGAUUGAGUGUCAGGAACAUCCCGCGGGGGAUCGGCAGCAAGGAACUCAAGGCUCUUGCCCGCGAAGCUGUGGUGGGAUUCACCAAGGACGUCAAGGACGGUCUUCGACAGCCGCUCAGCAAAGAAGAAUUGAAACGAGGCGAGGAGGAGAUGCGAGAAGCCGAGCGGAAACGCAAGCUCUCGGGCAAGGGGAUUGUGAAGCAGGCCAAGGUCGUCUUCGAGAACAAAGAGGGCAGCAAAGUCAAAGAAGGGGCCGGUCGAAGCCGAGGAUAUGGUUUCAUCGAGUAUGUGACGCAUCGGAAUGCUCUUGCAGGCUUGCGCUGGCUCAAUGGCCAUUACGUCAAGUCCCCGAACUCCGAUGGUGAGCGAGGCAAGCGACUGAUUGUGGAGUUUGCCAUUGAAAACGCGCAGGUCGUGCAACGGAGGAGCGAGAGAGAACAAAAGAUGAAGGAGUGGAAACCCCGGGACAAGGACAAUAAAGCCGGCGAAGGAGAAAAGGGUGCCAAAGGCAAGAACUCGAAGCGCAAGCGGGACGACAAGGGUGCCGAGGAGCCGGCGUCUCAACCGGCGCAAGCCGUGGACAGCGAGGAGAAGAACCGUGUCGCCAAACGGAACCGGAUCAUUGCGAAGAAGCGUCAAGCCAGGAAAACGCGCAAGGGUUGA